UAAAAUCAAUUGGAAAUCGUGUCUUUCAAGAAACAAUUAUAAAAUCAUUUAAUUUGCAUCCACUUAUGUUAUCUAUCCAGAUAAGAUUGUUUUAAAAUUUUUGUUAAUUGUUAUUGACUUAAGUUUAAUUAGACACUAUAUUUCAAAAUGAUGCAAUAUGAAGAAGAAAAUGAAAGAUUAGCUGAUAAGACGGCCUGUGCUGGGCUCAGGGCAGAUUUAAAAAUGUGCCUGUUGAAAAGUGAAUGUUGCAAAGAUAGAAAAAAUACACCUAGAGAAUGUUUGAAUAAAAGAGAUGGAACUGUACCCGAGGAAUGUUUUGUAUUACGAGAAGCAUUUUUCCAGUGCAAACGCUCAAUACUUGACAAUAGACAGAGAUUUAGAGGUCGUAAGGGAUAUUGAAUAAAUU